ACAAAAAAUUCUAAGUAUUAUAUAAAAGCGCAUGUAACAAUCGAGUCAUUUGGAUUAAAAAUGGUUGUUGCGAAAGAUCUUGACAAAAUUCUUGAAGAAAAAUUUACGAGUACCUUUAGGAAAGGCUACGUAAGCAUCAAUGGCCACACAUUUCCUAAAAGAUAUGAAGAUUUAAAAGAUGAUUUUGACAAUUUGGAAGUGGGUGAAGAAGACAUCUGGAUAUGCAGCUUCCCAAAAACUGGAACAACAUGGACACAAGAAAUGGUUUGGAUGAUUGUCAAUAAUCUCGAUUUCAAGGGGGGUGAAGUGAAUUUGGGAAUUCGGUCCCCUUUUUUGGAGUUGUCCAUUAUUUUUGAUUAUCGUGAUAUGUUGAAAAACAAUUCCAAUUUCGAUCCACCGAUGUUCCUUCAAAAUUCUCUCGGUUUUGUCAAGUCACUGAAAAGCCCAAUUUGCAUGAAAACCCACUUCCCUUAUGAAUGUCUUCCGAAAGAAAUACGAGAUGGUCACAAAAGUCCCAAAAUUAUUUACGUGGCACGUGACCCUAAAGACACCUGCAUCUCCUACUUCCACCACUGCAAACUCAUGGAAGGUUUCAAGGGCGAUUUUGAUGAAUUUUGCGAAUUAUUUUUGGCCGGGAAAGUGAAUUUUGGACCGUUUUGGAAGCACGUUUUGACCUACUGGGAGAAGAGAAACUCGCCAAAUUUUCUUUUCCUCAAAUAUGAAGAUAUGAAGAAAGACCUUUCGAAAGUGAUAAGACAAGUGGCCGAGUUCUUGGAACGUCCACUAAGUGAAGAAAAAGUCGAAAUUUUGACCAAACAUUUGAGUUUUGAGUCGAUGAAGAAUAAUCCGGCUGUUAAUUACGGAAUGGUUUGUGAAUUGAACAAGAAAUUUAAGUUGAUCGAACAUGACGGUGUUUUCAUGAGAUCGGGGAAAGUUGGAGGUCACAAAGAGGUGAUGUCGGAGGAAAUGAUUCGGAAAUUUGAUGAGUGGACUAAGAGGAAUAUUCAAGGAACCGAUUAUGUAAUCUGAUGUAAAAUUUGGUGUUAAAUAAAGAGA